AUGAGUGUCAAACUCUACAUCUACAAGGUUCAAAUAUCACCCAUCAUUAGUCGUUGCGCAGGACAGGUAAUUGCGCUAAUGGAACGCCACGGAGAUGUUAAAAUGUCUGCAGGACAAAUAGCUUCAAUGGUAGGCAUGCUUAAAAAAGAGGACGAAGUUGAAGCAAUGACAAAAAACAUUGACUCUUUGGAUGCACCCAUGAUGCCGCAGGGACCGACUAAUGAUGUAAUGGAGGAUAAAGAAGGAAGUUCUACAGAUUCGUCAAAGAAAUUAAUUGAUAUACCCAAUGUGGAUCCUAAAGUUACUGUUCCCUUGAGUAAUAAGAACGGAACUAAUGGGCCACCUCGGCCUGCUUCAGAAAAGCCACCAGUUUAG